GCUCUCUGACAUGCAUAGAUAUGCAUGCAGGAUUAACCCUGUGCGGAGAAGACCCCUGUGCCAAAUCUGCAUUGAUAGUGUACUUCUGAGGGAAACGAAAAGGAAACCCGAAUCCAUGCACAUUUAAUAUCAUUUUUGGCACAUUUUGCUCACCAUUCCGCGAAUAAUUCAGCAAGGAGGAGCACCAUCAAAUCUGAGAAGCUUAUAUGAGUGUUGGAGGAUUUAUGGACUGAAAGAGGAAGGAGUUGUUCGUUUCAGAGCUGUUUCUGUAUUGAGAAGAAACACCACAGACAUUUUAACACCGAGCACCACACGUUAUUUCUCAUGUAUUAAUACUUACCGACGUUAUCAACCUGACGCGGAGUCGUGGGAAUGGCGGGGAGAAAUAACGCCGCUACUUAUGGAUUGUUUUUCAACGGGAGGAUUUUUUCUUUUCUCGAUGUCUGGAUUCUUUAAAGAAGGGGUGUCUGUGGUACGUCGGAGGAAGCAAUAACCGUAGUUCAUUCUCAGACGAGAAGCGUUAGUCUCGGCGGAGACGCAGGGAGCUGGCAAGCAGAAAAAAAGUCAUCGACGAAGACUGAGGUGUUGUCUCUCUGAGGGCUCAUGGAUCUCCCUGUUGUGUUGUUUCUGCUGUGGGGACUAUUACUGGACUUGUUGAGUGGUGCGGUGGGUGGCAUUCUGUACCGCGUGCAUGAAGAACAGCCUCCAAGUACAUUGAUUGGCAGUCUGGCGGCUGACCAGGGUCUGCCAGACACCGGACACCUGUACAAACUGGAAGUUGGCGCUCCCUACCUGCGGGUGGAUGGCAAAACGGGGGAUAUCUUUACUACAGAGGUCCCCAUAGACAGAGAGACGCUGAAAGAUUGUCGUAACAAAAACAAACCCUGCUUUCUGGAGUUCGAGGUGUCCGUCACAGACCUUAUUCAGAAUCAAAGUCCACGGCUGAUAGAGGGAAGGAUCGAGGUGCAGGACAUCAAUGACAACACACCACAGUUCCCCUCACCUGUUCUCACCCUCUCAGUUCCAGAGAACACCCACGUGGGGGCACUCUUCUCAAUUUCUCUAGCCACUGACAAAGACACAGAAAGGAAUGGAGUAGCUGACUACACCUUAACAGCGGGACCAGAGGCUGUAGCACUCUUUGGUCUCCAGGUUGCAGAAGACCGAGGUGAAAAAUUGCCUCAACUUAUUGUGUUGGGAAACCUUGAUCGAGAGCUGAAAGAUUCCUACGACCUCACCAUCAAAGCUGUGGACGGAGGAAAUCCACCUCGCUACAGCAGUGCCUUGCUGAGGGUCGUCAUCGCUGAUGCCAAUGACAAUGUACCCAAAUUCGAAAAGUCAUCCUACGAAGCCGAAGUUGCAGAAAACAGCCCAAUUGGACACUCCGUGUUGCAGGUGAAGGCUAAUGAUUCAGACUUGGGUCCAAAUGGUGAGAUUGAAUACACAUUACAUCAGGCUGUUGAUCCUGUGCCAAAACUACUCCGGAUAGACCGUUCCACAGGCAUUAUAUAUGUUAAAGGUCCAUUGGAUCGUGAGGAGAUCAACAAUCUAAAGUUUUACGUCGUAGCCCGAGACAAAGGCCCCUCGCCCAAAAGUUCAAAAACAUAUGUUUCUAUUGAUGUGACAGACCAGAAUGAUAAUGCACCAGCAGUGGAGAUCCGUGGCAUUGGUCUUGUGAUCCAUAAUGAUGGGGUGGCAAACAUUUCUGAGGACAUGCCUGUUGGCACUGCGGUAGCCCUGGUGCAGGUUUCAGAUAAGGAUGAAGGGGAGAAUGCUGUGGUGACCUGUGUGGUUGCAGGUGAUGUUCCUUUCCAGCUUCGACCAGCCAGCGAUUCCUCAGUUGACAACAAGAGGAAGUACUUCCUGCAGACCACAACCCCUCUUGACUACGAAAGGGUUAAGGACUACCGUGUGGAAAUAGUGGCAGUAGAUUCCGGCAACCCAGCACUGUCCAGCACUAACUCGCUAAAGGUCCAAGUGACGGACACAAAUGACAAUCCCCCCAUUUUCUCACCAACCCUGUUUGAAGUGGAGUUUGCUGAGGAGAACCAGCCAGGUGAAAAGGUGGUAUUUGUUGUUGCCUCAGAUGCAGACAGUGGCACUAAUGCAGAGCUGGUCUACAACAUCAUUGCAGACUCUUCAACAAGGGGGCUUUUUGAGAUUGACCCCAACUCAGGAGAGGUACGUGCUCGGAGCCCUCUUGACCGUGAACACAAGGAGCGCUAUGAGUUCCGUGUUACUGCAGCGGAUAAAGGGGUUCCUAGUCAUAGGGGUACCGCCACAGUUGUUAUUAAGGUUCUUGAUAGAAACGACAAUGAUCCCAAGUUUAUGCUGAGUCUCUACAGCUUCUCAGUCUUGGAAAACAUGCCACCCCUUAGCCCUGUUGGCAUGGUAACAGUACAAGACAUGGACGAGGGUGGCAAUGCACAAGUACAACUUUCUGUCGAACCAGAUGUGGGAAAAUUUGUCAUCCAAAAUGGUACAGGCACUAUUCUGUCUAGUAUCUCAUUUGACAGAGAAAAGGAGAGCAGUUAUACAUUCCGUUUAAAAGCUGUGGAUGGAGGGGACCCACCCAGAUCUUCAUACGUUGGUGUGACAAUCAAUGUCCUGGACGAGAAUGAUAAUGCACCUGUUGUUACUAAACCAUCUAAUUCAUCUUUCAGACGUCUGUCUCCCAUGGCUGCUCCAAACAGUGUUGUGGAAGUGGUGGAAGCAGAAGACAUUGACUCCGGGUCCAAUGCUGAUCUAGUAUACAGCAUUGCUGGGGGAAACCCGCAUGAUCUUUUUUAUAUCUCUCAAACGGACGGGGAGAUCACACUAACCAAGGAGUUAACUCGAAAACACAGUGGUCUGCAUCGACUGGUUGUAAAAGUGAGUGAUAGAGGCAAACCAACCCGCCAUGCCAUUGCCUUGGUACACAUUUACGUUAAUGAGACCAUUGCUAAUGUAAGUCAUGUGGAGGCACUUGUGGGACACAGUUUGUACACCCCACUGGACAUGGACAUUGCAGGAGAUCCAGAAUAUGGUUUGGCUGCCCAAAGAAGCAACAUUGUAUAUGGCAGUUUGGCUGGAGUUGCAGGGGUGGUCACUGUGAUCAUUGUGGUGGUCUUCAUCAGGCAUCGUCUUCAAAGAGAAGCUAAGAGUGGUUAUCAGGCUGGCAAAAAGGAGACCAAAGAUCUGUAUGCCCCCAAGCAAGGACCAAAAAGUGGCAAGGGGAGAAAGGGGAAAAAAGGUAAGCCACCAAAGUCACCCAAACCUCUUGGAGAGGAUGAGGAGGUCAGCCUUCAAAAAAGCCUGAAAUUUAACCUUGAUGGGGUAAAUGACAGCCCCAGGAUCCAUUUGCCUCUGACAUAUCCGCCUGGAAGCCCUGAUCUAGGCAGACAUUACCGUUCCAAUUCCCCAUUGCCCUCCAUCCAACUCCAGGCGCAGUCCCCAUCUGCCUCUCAAAAGCAUCAGGUCGUCCAGGAGCUCCCUGCUGCCAAUACCUUUGUGGGAACAGGCGGUGAUGACAACUCGACCGGCUCAGACCAGUACUCGGAUUACAGCUACAAGACCAAUCAACCAAAAUACAGCGCAAAAACGCUCCCGCAUCGCAGGGUGACAUUUUCCACCGCCAAUCCGGUGCAGGAUCAACAGGACUCCUCCCAGCAGAGUUACUACGACAGCGGCCUGGAGGAGUCCGAGACCCCCAGCAGCAAGAGCUCCUCGGGGCCCCGCAUCGGCCCACUCGCCCUGCCUGAGGACCACUACGAACGGACCACCCCAGAUGGCAGUAUCGGAGAGAUGGAGCACCCAGAAAACGAUAUCCGUUCACUACCUGACGUUGCCAUGACAGGAAACUGCAGUCAGGAGUGCAGCGAGCUGGGUCACUCGGAUGCCUGUUGGAUGCCCGGUCAGCCUUCACCCGUCCGCAAGACCCGCAACCCCCCCAAACUGUCUACGUUUGUGCCUUAUCAGGAGAGGGGGAGCCUGGGGCGCCUGGCCAAUGGGAGUGUGAGGCUCGGGGGAGAGGAGAACAGGCCACGCCUCCCACCUUCCCGCAGUGCCUACUCCAGUAAUGACCACAUGCCCAGUGACCACGCCCCACUGGAAGAGGUGCCUCUGAGCGUGACGUCAGAGUUCCCGCCCACAAGUCCAAGCUCGAAUCACACCUCGAAAAGGGAGAUAUACCUGUGAGAUAACCACACCCACCAUCUUUGAUGCACAUCGGAAGUUACAGAGACACGGUUAAGAAAGAGAUUUGUGAAACCUGAACCUGCGACAGGAUGAAAUAUCAAUUCGAUAGUGGAAAAUACACUAUUGGUCAUUGAAAACGUGUAGAAGAGUGAUUUAUUUAUCUUAUUUAUUUAUCCAUCCGUUCACUCAUACCUCUAUUUAUUAUACUUCUCUUUUUGUUUCGCUGUUGUUUUUUCUAAUCCAUUUUAUACCGUCACAAACGAUCAACGAAUACUUUGAUGUGACUAACUGAUUUUAAGCUUCGCAAGCCUGCAAAAUGUCGAUAGGUUCAAUAGAUUACAUUUGGGAAGUGCCGUGGGCAGAAUAAAUUGCUGUACAGGGUCAUGAGCCAGAUAUAAAGUGUCUAACACUCUUAACCCGAUCCUGUCCUCAGAGGGGAGCAGUCUUAAUACCUGUAAAACGCUGUAAAUACAUUUGUAUGGUGUGUAUAUGAAUAUACUAUCAGGCUUGAGUUGAAUAGUAACAAAAAAAGGUACAUCUAAACCAGCCUGAAGACAGAGUUUGUGUUAGAACUGCUGCUUUUGAGGGCCAACUGAACCGGACUGGAAGACCUUCAGAUGGGCCAGUGCUCACCGUUCCCAUCUUGACCCUGGACCCUCACCUGCUGUAUCCAUACGUGUAAUGCACUAUAGUGUAUAGUUUGUGUGUGUGGGCGUGUAUUAGGUGCGGGUGGGCGGGUGGUGGAUUUAACAGCGAUUAAAACACUAUGACAGAGCUUAACAUAUGCCAGCGUGUGCGCGCUUGUGCGUCAGGGGACCUUCUGUCACAAAAAGUAACGUGAGCGGCUUCUGGAGCAUUAACACGCUUUCAACAGAUGCGAAGGCGCGCGUGUGCUUUCGUGUCAUGCAGCAGAACUUGUGUUUUUUGGCACUGUGAAUCUUCCCUUCCUACUGAACUCUCACAGUGUAGUGCACUCGCUGUCUGGCACUCGCAGAGAUGCCUACAGCUAACACGGUAAGAAGAAGAUCGUCUGGCUCCCCUCAGAUUAUCAGCACCGUUUCGUUUGCUUACACUGCGACGGCACUAAACUACACAAUUGCGAUUGAGAGUACACAGACAUGACUUGCCUCCAUCAAACGGAUUCAUUUUCUCACCUUCACACUCAUGGUUUGGUUCGUUUACGUUGUUUUUUGAUAUUCGUUUUCAAGGGAAAUAUUUGCGUGCUGUUUCGACUUUGUUUGAAGAACAAAUGUAUUAAUGCCUUAAAAACAGUUGUAUAUAACAAUCACAAUGGACAAAUUAGACUGAUAAUCCUGUCUUGUCUUUCGCAUGUCAAUUGUGCAUGUUUUUUUGCCACAAUCAAAAAAGUACAAAUGUUUCAAAAAAUUACAUCUGCACACCACGUUUGGCCUAUUUUCCGCAUUUUUUACAUAAAUGUUCUGUCCUCCAUCAAUUAAGUAUAACUUUGAUUUAACUAAACGUUUUUCUUUGACACUGUGCUGACUAUCUAGUAGACAGUAUUUAGCUGUGUCUCCCUCCGUAUUUGAGAGUCCCUUUUACGGGACAGUCUGAUGGACAUUUUCAUUACCUUUGCAUCACAAUGCAUCGGCUCGAGAUCUCUACUUUUCCCGCACCUGGAACCGCUCGGAUUCUAGUGCUUGGAUACUACGUGAGUGUUUGUGUCUGCGGGGGGAUGGAACGGGGGUGCGAUGGGCAUUUCCUUAAUUAGGGUGAGUAAUGAGUGUGGUGCAGUUGGCAUAUGUGAACACUCCGGCCCCUAAAGGAAGCACCGAUCAUGGAAAAGAUCCCGGAAGAUGGUGGGAAAAAGCUGCGAUUGUUUAGCAAGUGGCAUUUUUCACUGCGCUUACCUCAUCUCGGCUGCCUUGGGCACCUCUCGCGAAACAAUUAAGGCUGAAACAUAUGGAAAUUACUGGACAUAGCCAUGAUUAAAUAAGGCGAAUGAUUAUCCCGCCCCAAGGAAAGAAGGCACAUUAUGCUGUUUUCAAAGCCAUUUAGUGACUCUGAUACAAAAAAUCCAGCGGGAGUCAUGAUCCAGCGUAAUUAGCCCGGCUCAACUCCCCUAACCCCCCGCAACUGCGCUCAGCUCUGGCUAGGCGAAAGCGUCAGAUCGCUGACCUGGACUUAACACAGCUAAAAGACAGAUAUGACCACAAACCUCUAGCACUUAAAUGCUUUCAUCUAUUCAAACAGGCUUUGACCAUGCCUCGCUCUGAUGCCAACCUGAGUCAGGUAGUCUAAAUUGCUGGUUUCGACUCCUCUGACUUUGUUUUGGAUGUCUGAGUCUGGCUAUUUUAUUCAUAAGGAUUUCUAAUGCUAGACUCCUCCGAGUUCUCUGCCCAAAAUAAUAGUUUUGUUCGCUGGGCCCGUCAGAGGACAGAAUGAGAAAUGUCCACUUCUCGUGGUUGUGUUUUUACACUGGUGUAUAGAUGUGUGCUCUUUUUGCUGUUAGAUGUCUCUAGCUGGAUGUGACGAGACCGUGAUGAACGAGGGAGUCUUUUCUUUGUCCUUAGAAAGAGGCGUUUCUGCAUAGAAUAUCAAAAACUGGUGUUUGUGGUAAACAUCUCUUUAAAAGAGUUUUGUACAUAGCUCUCCACAUCCCCUCCGUGCGUGGUGUCAAGCAGGCGACGAGUUGAGCAUGAUUCCAAAGAUAAUUGGUAGAAACCGUUUACUGUUCUUGCUGAGAUGUUAGUGCGGGUUCAGAAACCUUUCCUUAGAACUAAACAGAAGUUCACUGCACAAACCCAUCUUCACCAUUCAACCCAAACUAAAGACAGCUGCCUUGAAAGUAUGUCUUUUGCAGGAGAGUUCAAAACUUGUUAUCCUUAAUUGUUGGUUAUAUUUAUAUAGGACUAAAAAUGCUUGUGAUGAUCUGUUUUUGUACAGUUUUAUGUACAUGCAAGUGAAGCUUUUUAAAUCUUACAACAAAAGCCGACGGCAUAUAAAAAUCGUGAAGUGUUUAUUGAGAUGUGCACAUCUUGCCUUGGAUGGAUCAAUCUUUUGCUGAGUCAGUGUGAAUGUGGCUGUUGUAUGCCUGCACCGUAGUCAUUCACUGGCUCCUGUCACAGAGGGCUUUAUCAGAUUUUAUGUUUAUCGUGAACAGUGGAUUGUCCAAUCCGACUUGUUUGUUUGAUUCCCAUGUGUUUUGUUUCGUUCUGUUUCCGCAUGUUGAAAACAAACUCCUUGUUAGAAGUCCUUGCAAAGUUUGUAAUAAAACGAGUGAAGGAAAAAAACAAAAGAAACACAUUUGCUUGGUGAGUUAUUGUUUAAGAAUGAAUUUAGGGACUGUGAUAUCUCCAUGGCGCUUUUUCAUUAAUAAAGCAAAAUGUUCUGACAAA